CCAGCUACCACAGAGUACAGUACUCCUCUCAGUGGCUUCUCUCAGUGAACUCACUCCUAGGGCUCAUUCUUUCAAGGGCUCACUCCUAGGGCACACUCCUAGAAUGUCUCUUGGCACUGUUUAAUGUCCGGGGUAUUUGUUUGGGAUUUAUAUUCUUAAGUCCAUCCUGGGAUUGAACCCAUGCAUGUUGACCACAGCGGGGCUCACGCUUAACAGUCUCAUAACCUGUAGGCUACUGGGGCAAAAGAGCUCAGUCACCACCAGCGCACUGCUGGUAGAAGGGUCGAUCAACCCGGGACCCCCAACAAAUUUUUCGUUACCACUAGCGAGGGCGCGCUUAUAUCAUUCUGGGAUUGGCUGCAGGGGUCUCUCUAGCUCAUUCACUAGUGAUCGUCUGGCAAUUCCCAAGAACCUGAAUGUCAAGUCCCGAGAGCGCGGCUAGCCGGCGUUUAAACGCGCUUAAUUUGAGCCUCAUCUCCUGCCUGCCUGUGGAGGUAUUUCGGCAAUACAUCACCCUCAGCCCUGCCACUUAUGAUUACGUUCAACAGGAAAGUUCAGAGUUAGGCUGUGGAGGAAUUGGGGCAGGAACCAUCUCCUGGCUGGUUAGCUGGUCCGUUGCUGAUUGACCAAAGAGGGUCCCCGCUGAUGGUUUGCGAGAGCUCGGCGUCAAUCUAACUAUCAGGGACUGCAAUUCGAAGCCAUGUCGGAGCUACAGGGCUGCACGUCAUCAAUUCUGUACCAAAAUACCUCUAGGACAGUGACCUUGAUCGAUAUUCCUACUUCCAUUGUUGUCGCGCAGAGACUCGCAGAACAUAACAGCAACAAAUUGGAGCCUAGCACGUUCAAAGAUGGUGGACCUAUCUUACUCUCCUGCGACCCUUUGCAACAUCCAUAUCCCAAACCACCAGAACCAAAAUCGGAAAAGUCUCGCAAUCGUAUUUUAGCUCAAAUACCAAGUUCUCAACAACGGUUUCAUUCAGAAAUUGUGCCAAUUAUAAGCAACGCCCUUCAGGAAAUUCGGGAGCGCCAUCACGCUAAUUGGUGUCUCCCCAGACAUACGCGUUUGUCUAACCACGUUGUACAGCAAGGUGAUAGCGAUCUCCACGAAAGAAACGAAGGCGUUGCAGAACUUGACCAGGAAGAACAUCCUCCAAAGCGUAAGAGGAGUGAUCCAGAUGCGGGAAGUCCAAGCGUGAACCUAGAAGAGCCAACUUUUAUCUCUACAAAUAAGGUACCUUCUCAGAGCUGUUGUUAUUCUGCUCUCAAUGAACCUCCUCUCAUACUUUCGCCUGGCAUCAAUCAAGUUCCAGGUUUAGAUGAAAUCCAAGGCAUAAUUGUCCAAAACCCCACGCGUGUCCGGACCGUGCUGAAUAUCAAAUCUGAACAGCAGCCAUGCACUACUACUGGUAACGGAUCUUUUCCUCCAGAAUAUAUAACUGUCAACAUUCCUCCGGAAUCUACAUUUAUCAAUUGUCAUCUUACUCCACCAACGAAAUCUCACCCUGGUCCCAUUCCUGCGCUCUCGUCAGAUACAAAAUUCAACUUCAUUCUCAUGGACCCGCCGUGGCCGAACCGCUCAGUCCGCCGCUCCUCGCAUUACAAAGAACACGCCGGGCCUCUUCAACCAAUAAUCGAGGGAACCCUACGAAAUCAUCUUCAUCCACAGCAAGCCCUUGUCGCAAUCUGGAUUACGAAUUCGUUAAAAUCUCGUUUCGCUACGUUAAAUGCCCUUGAUGCGGCAGGCCUACACCCCUUUGAAGAAUGGGUCUGGGUCAAAACCACCACUGACGGCCAGCCUGCAUGGCCACUGGAUGGACUAUGGAGAAGGCCAUACGAAGUGCUAAUUUUGGCACACAGAGAGAAGCACGUCGCCGAGGACAACAACGGCGAAAGGCACACUAAUUUUUGUGAAAUAAGACGCAGGGUUAUCGUCGCAGUUGCCGACAUUCACUCCCGGAAACCAAACUUAAAGGAGUUGAUUGAAAAUAUAUUCUUCUCGUCGCCAGCGCAAUCGUGCAACGGGACAUCCAAUGAUGAGGAACGGCACCUUACUGGCAGAUACUCUGGUCUGGAGGUUUUUGCUCGCAAUUUAACUGCUGGAUGGUGGGCAUGCGGGAAUGAAGUUAUUCGAUAUAAUUGGAAGGGUUGGUGGGCUGAGAAGAAGAAUACAGAAAAUGAUGCUUAGCACAUAUUGAUACCUUAUUCGUCUCCCCGUGCAUUGAAGGAGCAAGCGUCGUGCGAGCGUUUAUAUAUAUUAGUAGAGUAAAACAUAUAUUGCGUGACGGGUAAUUCAUGAGAGAAUUCAUACCUGCUGUCUAGGAAACUCAAAACAAAUAUAAUACUCCACAUAGUAUACAUAUAGAAUACGACAAACCCGCCCUUUUUUCUUGUAUAUAUCAUCAUAUGUUGCAAACGUCUUGUCAUUCCCAUCUCGCAGGGUAAAUCUGUAUUAACCACUAAAGGCGUCUCGGACGAAGAAAACUUUAGACAUUGCAGGCACAUAGUUGAAGAUCUGACACUUACUCAGCAGUCUAUAGUGACAAAUGUGUC